GAGAGAGAGAGAGAGAGAGAUGAGAAGAGAGGGGGAAAGAAUCUAAACCUCCACCUGCUCUGAGAUGCAAAGCCUUUCUCUUUGCUUCCCACUCUCUUCUUCUGCUUCCAAUUCUUCUAAUUCUCCUCCGUCAAGGAGUGUAGAAGAGGUCUGGGGUCUGGUGCUCCGCCUGGCGAUGUGACCGCUAACUGCCUUUCCCGCUACCGGCUGUCGUAGUUCGAGAAGAAAGUCGGAGAUCGAGAUAGGUCGCCGGGAUCUCGAACUAGAUCGAUGGUGGCCGCCACCGCAGCCACGACCGUCGCCGCCGGGUCCAGGAAAUCUCCGAAUCCCCACAAGAACGCUUCUGCCCCGCCGCAUAGCGACGGUCUCCGUAACCCUCAUCCCCGGAUGCUGAUCCCCUCCGAGAAGGACAAUGCCGCCACCGGCGCAGGACGAGCUCGCACCAAGAAGGUCAAUUCUCGGUUCCUCCCCUCUUAUAGCUGCCCCUCGUCCUCUACGGCCACUUCGUGUUCUACCACCACUACCUUCUCUUCUUCGAGCUCUCGGCGCUUCCCGUCGCCGUUCGUGACCCCCCGGCCAUCGACGCUGCCGGCCUUGCCCCAGUGUACGGCCCAGAAGCGAUCGCACUCCGUCGGUCGGGCUCGGCCUUCCACGACUGUCGCCCAUCCCUGCCCAACUCCGGCCGAGCCCUCCGCUGCCACCCGUGCCUUCUGCAUGACCCGGAGCCUCUCGGUCUCCUUCCAGGGGGAAUCCUUCUUCUACCGGAUCAGCCGACCCAAGCCCGCCUCCCCCACGUCCGAGCGGCGGAGACAUGGUGCCACUUGUGCCCCUCUGGCGAAGGCUGGUGAUCAUUUAGAGAAUUCGAGGCCCUCAGACAGCCACCACCUGUGGCCCGCUUCGAGAGCUCCGCCGUCCAACCCGUUGACGAGGAGCUUGAAUUGUUCCUCUGAGAAGAAAGAACCCAUUUUGGCCACCGUCAGGUUACUCGAGCAGUCUAUGAUGUUUGAUGAUACUACGAGGAGGGCUUCGUUUGACCAGGGUGAUCUCUCAGCUUCGUCCGAUACCGAUAGUGUGUCUUCUGGUAGUAAUUCUGGGACGCCAGAAUUCAUUGUGCUCCCACGGGCAAAGGUGACUCCCCGUGGGAUCAGUGUGCCGGCAAGAUUUUGGGAGGAGACGAACAACCGGCUGUAUCGGCAUCCUGAGCCUUGCUCCCCUUCAUCUUCACCGGACGCAAGGCCCGUGGUACAACCAAAGCUGGGAACGGUGAAGAAAUUGUCGGUGGAUAACCCUUUGUCUUGUUCGAGGCCAGCUUCUCUGCACCAUGGAACCAUGGCACCUUCUUCUCUUAGCAAGCCUAUAACUUCACCAACGAGGGGUAUGGCUAGUCCAUUGCGGACAAGGAGUAAUGUAUUAUUGAACAGCUCACCAUUUGGUCAGCCGGGCAAUGCCCCUUCAAUUAUAAGCUUUUCUACUGAAGUGCGGAGGGCAAAGAAAGGGGAGAAUCGGAUUGAGGAAGCUCACUUGUUGAGGUUGCUUGAUAACCGGCAUUUGCAAUGGCGAUGUGUUAAUGCCAGGGCCUAUUCUGCACUGCUAAUGCAGAAACUAGCUGUAGAGAAGAAACUGUAUGAUGCAUGGAUAACUACCUCAAAGUUGCGUGAUUCCAUCACUAUUAAAAGGAUCAAGCUACAACUUUUGACACAAAAUUUAAAGCUAACUUCCAUUCUUAAGGGGCAAAUGGCCUCUUUGGAUGAAUGGUCUGUCAUGGAGAAAGAUCAUUCAAGCUCAUUAUGCGGAUCUAUUGAAGCAUUAAAUGCUAGCACACUCCGUCUUCCUGUUGUUAGUGGAGCCAAGGCAGACAUCUUGGAAGUUAAAGAUGCUGUUGGUUCAACAGUCGAUAUGAUGCAGGCAAUGGGAUCCUCAAUUUUCUCUCUACUAUCAAAGGUAGAAGGAAUGAGUACCUUGGUAUCUAACAUAACUAAAGUGGCUGCCCAAGAACGAGCACUACUCGAUCGAUCUAGAGAUCUCCUAUCUACAGUAGCAGCUAUGCAUGUAAGUCUCACUUCUGCGUCCAUUUCCUUUUUCCUUAUUCCAGGUAUCAUGCAGUAAUUUCUUAACACAAACUGAUGAACCAGGUAAAACAAUGUAGCCUGCAAGGGCAUCUGAUACAACUAAAACGAGGAGCCCACCUGAUCUAAGCACAGAGAAUAUUCUCUUGCUAAAUUUGCGGUCACUAACAUCACAACAAACUCUUCUUUUUAUAACCGGAGGAUUUCGAAAGGAAAUAAAGCAUGAAGUAUUGGUUUGCUUUGCUGGAAAGCUAAUGGCCUAAUACUACCUUUGUGGCCUGGGAUGGUUGAUUUGUGUAUCUUCUUUUCGGUUCUUUUGAUCUCUUUUGGUGUAUGUGUAUCAUCAUAGCG